GAACAAAUCAAUCAGGAGUUCUUUGGGCGGGAGAGGUUGGAGGCGUUAGUACCGAAGGGGGCCUCCGUGUUGGAGGGCAGUUUGAACCCUUCGGCUCUGAUGAGCCAGAUGCUGCCGUCGGCCGACCGACUGGCCCUUGCCCGGCUGGACGAGGGAUCCCUCGAGGCGAAGGUCCUCCUGAAUGCUGCCUCCACUUUUAUGGGCCUCUGCGAGCACCUCCGAAGGGUGGAUCAAAUGAGGGAGGCCAAGGGUGCCGCCGAGGGGGAGGCCGCCCUCCUCAGGAAGAAGCUUGCUGAAGCCGAGGACUCUCUCCGGCUG